GUUCAGUGACUAUUGUGGAAGAGCUCAAUGAUCUACCGUAGUGACUUGCGGCAAGAAACAAGCGAUCGCUUGAUAUGCGUGCACACCUCCGGAAAAUUUGGAGACGUUCUGUGAAUAAAUCAACGCUUCAACUGCUUCCGGCAACAAUAUAGGGAUUGUGUGAUGGGGCUGGGGGUAUAGUCCCUGCAAGAGAGAGUUGGCUGGUAGACAAAACC